AGCUGUAGUCUGCCAGAAGUUGUGCUGUGGAAAGGAACCUGAGCAGUGCAGACGAUUUAAAUCGCAAAAAAAUCCCGUAUAACCGCAAUUCAACAAAACAGCUGCAGGAACCCCGCUUUCACUAAAACUGGUUUCAGUUUACUGAGUUUCCUUGCCAUACAAAAGCAACGGCAACUAUGGGAAAGGGAUUCCGUGGCACCGUGACAGCCUUUCCAGAUUUUGAUGCCGCCAGUGACGCGGAAACGCUUUACAGCGCUAUGAAAGGCAUUGGCAGUGACAAAGAAGCCAUUUUGGAACUUGUUACAUCCAGGAACAAUGCUCAAAGACAGGAAAUCUGUGAGGCCUACAAAACCCACUAUGGAAAAGACCUGAUCGAUGAUCUGAAAUAUGAGCUGACUGGGAAGUUGGAGCGCGUGAUUGUUGGCUUGAUGAGGCCUCCGGCCUAUCACGACGCUAAAGAAAUCAAGGAUGCUCUUGAGGGUGUAGGGACAGAUGAAAAAUGUCUCAUCGAAAUCCUGGCCUCAAGAACCAAUCAACAGAUUCAUGACCUGGUUGCUGCAUACAAAGAUGCUUAUGGGAGAGACAUUGAAGAAGACAUUGUAGGGGACACCUCAGGACACUUUAAGAAGAUGAUGGUGGUUUUGCUUCAGGGGACCAGAGAGGAAGAUGACGUUGUGAGUGAGGAUUUAGUUGAAGAGGAUGCAAAGGUUCUGCUGGAAGCUGGGGAGGAGCAGUGGGGUACAGAGGAAGCAGCCUUUAUCAUGUUGCUGGGAAACCGUAGUGUGACCCAUCUUCAGCUCGUUUUUGACGAAUACCAGAAGAUAUCUGAGAAGUCGAUAGAGGACAGCAUCAAAAGCGAACUCUCCGGAGACUUUGAGAGACUGAUGCUAGCUGUCGUGCAGUGCAUACGGAGUCGUCCCAUGUUUUUUGCAAAGCGCCUCUACAAAGCCAUGCAAGGUCUGGGCACGUCUGACAACACCCUGAUCAGGAUCAUGAUCUCCCGCUCGGAAAUCGAUAUGCUGGACAUCCGGGAGUGCUUCCGUCUCCUCUACGAGAAGUCCCUGUACAACAUGAUCAAGGAGGACACCUCAGGAGAGUAUAAGAGGACUCUGUUGAAGCUGUGUGGGGGAGAUGAUGACCUAGCGGGAGAGUUCUUCCCCGAAGCUGCGCAGAUAGCCUACAGGAUGUGGGAAGUUAGCGCCUCGUCCAGAGUGCAGCUGCGGGGAACAGUACGUCCCAUCACAGAUUUUGACCCUGGCAGUGAUGCUACAGCCCUAAGGAAAGCCAUGAAAGGUUUCGGCACCGAUGAAGACACCAUCAUAGACAUAAUUACCCACAGAAGUAACGAACAAAGGCAACAGAUCAGGCAGACCUACAAGUCCCACCUGGGCAGGGAUCUGAUGGCGGACCUCAAAUCUGAGCUGUCGAAGAACCUGGCUCGGCUGAUUCUUGGCCUGAUGAUGACUCCGGCAGAAUUCGAUGCCAAAAUGAUGAAGAAAGGAAUGGAGGGUGCCGGCACAGACGAGCACGCUCUCAUCGAGAUCCUCGUCACUAGAAGCAACCAGGAGAUCAAGGCGAUGUGCCAGGCUUACCAGGAUGCCUAUGGUAAUAGCCUGGAAGAUGCCAUCAGCUCAGACACCUCAGGGCAUUUCUGUCGGAUCCUGGUCUCUCUUGUACAGGGGGCACGAGAGGAGGGUCCUGCUGACGUAGGCAGAGUAAUGGCUGAUGCCCAGGAACUUGGAGAUGCCUGCAAUGAUGACUCCAGCUCUAUGGAAACCAGAUUCAUGAGUAUUCUGUGUACCAGGAGUUUCCCACACCUGCGGAGAGUGCUCCAGGAAUUUGUGAAAUGCACCAACAAGGAUGUUGAACAAAUCAUUAAGCAAGAGAUGUCUGGGGAUGUGAAGAAUGCCAUGCUUGGCAUUGUUCGAAGCGUUAAGAACCAGCCUUUAUACUUGGCAGGCCGUCUAUACAAAGCUUUGAAGGGCCUGGGCACAGACGACCGUGCACUGAUCAGGAUAAUGGUGUCACGUUCUGAGAUCGACCUCUUCAACAUCCGCAAGGAGUUUAAAGACACAUACGACAUCUCCGUUCAUGACUACAUCCAGAGUGACACCUCUGGGGACUACUGCAAAGCUCUUCAGAUCCUGUGUGGAGGAGAAGACUAAAAGGAUGGGGUUAUACCAGUGACCAAACAGUAAUCCAAGCCAUGAAUUGUGUUAAACUGUCACUGUGAAAGAAAUAAUACUCACCAUCCACAACUCUCGAGACUCUCUCUUACCAUGUGUUGUGAAAAAAAAAAGAUUUUCACUUAAUGUCUUUAUUCUGUACAUUUUCACUGCCUGUAUGGUUCUUGAAGCCAAUCGUAAGGAUAAGUGGGAUUAUUCAAAAAUAAAGAAACAUCACAGAUAAUGAUUUUUUGUGUAUGCAUCUAUUGAUUUGGCAGC